AAUCAAGUAACUAAUAUAAAAUAAAUGAAAAAAAUUAGAGCAAAAGGGUUAAAUUCUUAUAUACUAUCUUAACAGAACUUACCGCACGGGUAGGAACUCCAGGGUUAAAUAAUAUGGAAAAGGAAUGGGCCCCUAGCCUCCACAAAGUAACUAAAAUAACUGUCAAAUGGCUCUGGCUAUGCUAGGUGUUCCUAAUUACUUCCCUCUUCUUCCAUGAAUGGCUUGGAGAUCUCUGCAUUUCUUCAAGAACUUGCUAAUGCAUCUCUGGAGGGAUAGGUACAUACACACGCAUGCGCGCACACACACACACAUAUAUAUAUAUAGAGAGAGAGAGAUAUAGAGGUGUUGCAGUAAUGUUUAGGUAAAAAUAUCAUCUUGUGUAUCCCAACAGCAUUAGCAGAAAAAUAGGUUUAGCUGUUGGCAUAUGCUUAUUCUUAAUCUCUCUCUCUCCCUCUCUCUCCCUGACUGAUUAUCCUUGCUUAGAUCUUUGUAACAGGUUCUUCGAUAUUUUUGACUGCUCGCAUUUCACUCGGGGCACUCAUGUUAAUCCGAAUUCUCUCCCUCCUACUCUUCCAUCACUGUGAACUUAUCCUAGAACUCAAACCAAUUCGGUCCGCAGUUUAAUCUCGCUGUAUUAUUUAUAUAUACUCGUUUGAGUGCCGACCCUGCUGCGUCCACUCCUCCGGUAAUGCUGAGUAUGCAAGCCUGGAUUCCCGUCUCGAAGCUUUAAUGUUGUCAGGUUCUCUGGUUUCUGGAAUUCACCUGCCCAGGGAAUGGAAUAUCGGUCCGCCCUGGUGUCCUCGAGCCGGGGGCAAGGGCCAGAUUUUCCCCCUCGGCCGCAGCAGCCAUUAUCUUCCUGCAGUUUUCCCUUUGUGGAUGUCCACAAUAACCCACUCGGGAUUGGGAACAUAGGAAGGCCCGUGAAUGGGGUGGACUUGAACGGGCUAGUACGGAGUCCAUGGCCUGUUUCAGUCUUUUCCGGGAACGUAAAUAGCCGGGUAUUGACUACUGAAACGGGCAAUGAUGUUUGGGACGAAUUCCCCAGUUGCCCCAUGGAGAUGAUCAACCCACAAGUAAAUGGAAGUCUAGUUCCGCCACGAGUGGCAUUAGAAGAGAUGAAUAUGCACGACGAUCUUCUAGCACGUGUAGGUGUUGUCAAUGGUUUGGUUUUUCAGGAAGAUCCAAUCCGGCCACAGCCCGUGAUCACUCCGAUGCCUGAGAUAUCUGAGCAGCAGGGAGACUGGGUGCAGCUCAGUUCGGGUUUCGAUGUUUCCCAAAUGGGCAUCCCUAUUCCAAUUCCAGGAAUCUGUCACGCAUCUCCUGAUUCUAUGUCGAUUGCUGCUGGUGGUGAGAAGAAGAGUGGGCUCCCAGAGGAGAUUAAGGACAAGACCACAGAGAGGAGGCAGAGGAGAAUGAUCAAGAACCGGGAAUCAGCUGCCAGAUCGAGGGCGAAGAAGCAGGUCGAGAACGAAACACAAACUUAUGGCCUACAUGCACGACUUGGAGAAGAAAGUUUUUUACUUGAGGAAGAUGAACAAAUGGCUUAAGAAGGUACGCAGCUCGCGCUGUCGAAACAACAAAGAAAUGGUUUCGAGUCUGUUCCGCUGAAAUUCCGACUGUAAUCAAUCAGAAAUGCUUGGAUCCUGUAUUAAAGUUGUGAAUUGGCUUCUGAUGCUGUCCUGUUCUUGCCUUGCCUUGCCUUUCUUUUCCUGCAAACAUGAGCAACCGUUGUUGCCCUGCAGAUUCCCCGACGCAGCUUACAUCGGCAUAAUCAGUUCUAGAAAGAAAUAUUUUCGCAUUUAAGAACUCGCCUGAAAGCUCGAAUCCUUUUAUCUC